AUGACGAGAAAGAAAGUAACAUUAGCUUACAUUACGAACGACUCCGAAAGGAAGGCCUCUUUCAGGAAAAGAAAGAAGGGUCUGAUCAACAAGGUGAGAGAGCUGAGCACGCUGUGUGAUGUCCCGGCCUGCGCUGUCAUUUAUAGUCCGUAUGACACAGAGCCCGAGGUGUGGCCGUCCCGGGCUGGAGCCCAGGCCGUCCUGGCUCGCUUCAGGGCGCUGUCCGAAAUGGACAGGACGAGGAAGAUGGUGAACCAGGAGAGCUUCACCAGGCAGCGGAUCAAGAAGACGGAGGACAAGCUCCGCCGCCUGCACAAGGAGAACCGGCGACGGGAGAUGGAGGGCUUCAUGUUCCAGUGUAUUUCGGGCCUGGCAGGCCUGGAUCAAUUGGACCCGCGUAACUGGGCGGAAAUGGGCUGGGUCAUAGACCAGACGUUGAGGGACAUCACGUCCAGGAUCGAGGCCAUGAAGAUCAACGGUCAGGAUGGAUCGGCUUCGCGCGCUGGGGAUCAGGGCCCGGCUCAGCCUCCUCCGCCAGCUUCGGCGGGGCUUGGGGAUGGGGAGAUGGACGGUUACCUGUUGAACCCGGUUCAGAGUUCUCCCUAUCAGUAUGUCUUGGGCGACUGUAGUGCUGAUUAUUUAGUGAAUUAA